GGCGCCCGCGCAUGCGCAGUGAGCAGCGGCCGCCCCGCCAUGGCCGAGGCCGCCAUGGCCGCGCCGCCGGACGGGGAUGGGGACGGGGACGGGGACGAGUGUCUGCCCCGGUACCGGCACCUGCUCUGCCCCGACCUGCUCGCGGGCCAAGUGGCCUUCAUCACCGGCGGCGGCUCCGGCAUCGGCUUCCGCAUCGCCGAGAUCUUCAUGAGGCACGGCUGCCGCACCGUCAUUGCCAGCAGGAGCCUGCAGCGCCUGGCCGAGGCCUCGAAAAAGCUGGUGGCAGCCACGGGGCAGCAGUGCCUGCCCGUGUCCAUGGACGUGCGGCAGCCCCAGAGCAUCGCGGCGGCGGUGGAUGAAGCGCUGCAGGAGUUCAAGAGGAUUGACAUCCUCAUUAAUGGUGCUGCGGGGAACUUCCUGUGCCCAGCCAGUGCCCUGUCCUUCAACGCCUUCAAGACAGUGAUAGACAUCGACACCAUGGGCACCUUCAACACCUCCAAAGUGCUCUUUGAGAAAUAUUUCCGGGACCACGGUGGGAUCAUCGUUAACAUCACGGCGACCCUCAGCUACCGAGGGCAGGCCCUGCAGGUGCAUGCUGGGGCUGCCAAGGCUGCCAUAGAAGGAGCUGCUGGCAUGGCUGUGCUGCCUGUUUCUCACUGCUGUUGCAAUCCCUCCCCAGAGGCCAUGACCCGUCACCUUGCAGUGGAGUGGGGACCCAACAAGAUCCGUGUGAACAGCCUGGCCCCUGGCCCCAUCUCAGGCACCGAGGGCUUCCGACGCCUGGGUGGGAAAUUUGCCGAGCAAUCCAAGCAGUUCUCGGCGAUCCCGCUGCAGCGCGCGGGGAACAAGACGGAGAUCGCGCACAGCGCCCUGUUCCUGGCCAGCCCGCUCUCCUCCUACGUCACUGGCACCACCCUGGUCGUGGAUGGUGGCAGCUGGCUCACCUCCCCCAACAGCUUCUCUGCCUUGCUGGGUAUUGCCUCCUCCUCCUCUGCUAAACUCUAGAUGUCUGGGCUGCAGGAGCAAACCAACCCCACUGAUGGACAGCCUGGCACUGACUGACGGACAGAUGUGACGUGGGACACCGUGUGAGGACAUCUCCCAGAGUCAGUGCUGACAACCCCAGCCUCUCCUCGGCCACUGGUGGUACUGGUGACACUGCCAGUCCCGUGUCUGCCUGAGGGACACAGCUCUGGGUGCUGGGUGGGGACCAAGCCCACCCCCAUCCUGUGCCAUUGCUGCCUUCUGAGCUGGCCUGGCUGUGGGUGCAGAGACAGCUGGGAGGGCUGCGAUGGUCUCUGGCUCUUUGUGGCUCCCUCCAAGCUGCUCUGGUGGCCUUUCCCAAGCCCCCAGCAGUGCCACCCAUGGGUACCCUGUCCCCUCUCCCCUGUCUUAGCCUGAGAACUGCACAGACCCCCAGCAGCAGCUCCUUUUUGGGAGGGGGAGCAGCUCAGCCUGCCUGGGGUCACCCAGCAUGGUGGGCUCAGUUCUGCCCUGGCAACUCCUGGAGGGGAAACCCUGUCAGGGGGAGGUGGCUGUGUCCCCUGAGGGGUCCUGGGUGGGACAGUGGUCCCGGGAGGCUGCCAGGGAUGCAGCUGGGAUGCCCCUGCCAGGAGCAGAGGUGGUGUGAGGGCAGAUCCCCCCAGGUCCAGCUCUGCACUGCAGGUGUCCAGUGGUCUGUGCACACCCGUCUGUCUGUCACACCAGUGUCACGCUGUCUCCUUCUACUCAAGCUGAGGCAAGGUGAAGGGCUAGAACUGGACUCUCGUCCUUUCCUCCUGCUGGGCUGCACGGCUGUUGCUGCUGGAGCCAGCCCCGUUCCUGGUGCUGGCACCCCGGGGGACACACGCUGCUCAUGUGCCCCUCCUGCUGCUGCUGGUAGUUCGUAGGCUCACCCUGGAUUCCAUGAAGCUCGUUCUCCCACUUAAUUGUAUUUCCUACUUGAUUGUAGACUUGCCAGGUUUUACUCCUUCCUCCAGGCCACAAAUAAAACAUUUUCCCCCUGA